GCAACUUAAUGUGUAGAUAAGAUGAGACAUUGCAUGUCUGCAAGUUGGGGCUGUGGUCUGUUAACAACGUUGUUGUUGGAUCUGAUGUUGUUCGUACAUUCAGGUGGUGCGAUGUUGAUAGAACAUUAUUAUUAUCACCGCAAAGAUUCAUCACAACAAAGCAUUAGUAAGUGUGAUCUAUUCCAAGGAAGUUGGGUGUAUGAUGCAUCGUAUCCUCCGCUGUAUAAUUCAUCGGAUUGUUCGUUAUUCAUGGAGACAGAGUUCGACUGCCAAGGAAAUGGACGCCCGGAUAAACUCUAUCUCCAUUACACUUGGCAACCUUCUGCAUGUGAUUUGCCCAAAUUUGAUGGGAAGGAGUUUAUGAGGAGAUUGAAGGGGAAGAAGAUGAUGUUCGUUGGGGACUCUCUAAGCCUCAAUCAAUGGCAGUCCCUAACGUGCAUGCUACAUGCAUCAUUCCCUCAUUCAAACUUCACAAUCCAGAGGAAGGGUGAUCUCUCCACCUUUAUUUUGCCGGAGUUCAAUACUUCUAUAAUGUUAUCACGGAAUCCAUUUCUGGUUGAUCUGGUUAAGGAGAACAUAGGUGAAGUUUUGAAGCUUGAUUCAAUCCAAAAUGGCAAAGCUUGGUUAGGGUUUGACUUCCUCGUAUUCAACACUUGGCAUUGGUGGCUUCACAGGGGAAGGAAACAACCAUGGGAUUAUAUGCAAGAAGGAGAGCAAGUAUAUAAAGACAUGGAUCGUUUGGUUGCCUUUAAGAAAGGGCUGAAAACUUGGUCAAAAUGGGUUGAGUCCAACAUUGAUCCUACCAUAACCGAAGUGUUCUUCCAAGGGACCUCUCCUACUCAUUCCAAAGGCGAGGAAUGGAAUGGGACAAGGGGAACAAGUUGUGAAGGAGAAAGACAACCAAUUGGGGGGUCAGUAUACGCAGGCAGCCCAAAUACAGCAGCAGAGGUGGUAAGGGAAGUGGUGAGCAACAUGACUAAUAAGUUGGUGACACUGUUAGAUGUGACCACACUUUCUCAACUAAGGAAAGAUGGACACCCUUCAAUCUAUGGCUAUGAUGCCAAGGGAAAUGAUUGUAGCCAUUGGUGUCUGCCUGGUGUUCCUGACACUUGGAAUCAACUCUUCUAUGCAACUCUUCUUCAUGGAAAUUCUAAGACUAUAUGAGAGACCAAA